GGGGCUGCGCAUUAUUAAAAAGCUUUCUUGAGAUAGCUGAGGUAGUUGAUGCUAGAAAAUUGUCAUAAAGGAGGGGGGAAAAUAUACAUAUACGUACAGAGAGUAGGCAAAGUGUGAUGUGUGUCUUGUUUAAAAUGCAUGAGGAACUCUGUGCUACCCGAUCAGAGAAAUAAACUGCUGCUCAGUUAAACCGUUUGUCUCUUUAUUUACAAGUUUGUGACGAUGUCUGCAUUAGCGGUUUCCAACUGCACCGACCUGUACUCCCACUAUCGAGUGGCACAAGUGCUCAUGCCGCUUGCCUAUGUAAUCAUCUGUGUACUGGGGCUAAUGGGCAAUGCGCUGGCGUUGCACGUCAUCUACACCAAGCGGACCAAGCUUAACUCCAGCACAAUGUACUCAGCCAACCUGGCGGUGUCGGACUUGCUCUUCUGCCUGGCGCUGCCACUGCGGGCCAUGUACUACACCCUGGGCUUCAACUGGCCUCUGGGAGAUGGACUAUGCAAGGUCACGGCAUUGCUCUUCUACGUCAAUUGCUACGCAGGUGUUAAUUUUAUGACCUGCCUUGCUGUGGAUCGCUUUGUUGCUGUAGCACGGAAACCAAGGUUUGCGUGGCUUCGGAGAAUAAGGAAUGUAAAGUUUAUUUGUUUGUUGAUGUGGGCACUGGUGUUGGCGCAGACGCUGCCAUUACUGACCAUGCCCAUGACUCACAAAGAACAGAAUGACAUCAUUACUUGCAUGGAGUACCCUAAUUUUGAGCUCACUGUCCAAGGCUUGCCUUAUAUUCUGAUCGGUGCUGUGGUUUUGGGCUACGGGAUCCCUUUGGGGACAAUCCUCAUCUGUUACUCGGCGCUCUCACGCAGACUGCAGUUAGCUGCCAAGUCCAACCAUCUGACGGAGCGAUCUGGGAGGACGCGCAAGGCACGGUCGGUGAUCGCUGGUGUGGUCCUGGUGUUUGUUGUGUGUUUCAGCCCGUACCACAUUGACCUACUACAGUACAUGAUCCGGAAGCUGAUGUAUGACCCGGACUGCGAAGAGCUGCACUCCUUCCAGAUCUCGCUGCACAUUACCGUGUGCCUCAUGAACUUCAACGCAUGCCUCGACCCGUUUGUUUACUUCUUUGCUUGCAAUGGCUAUAAGAAAAAAGUGCUGAACCUGCUGAAGCGCCAGGUUAGCCUGUCGCUCACCAGUGCAGCACCCAGUUCACCCGACAGCUCGGGAACAAACGAACAACAGACCUAUUUAUCCCGCAGCAAAAGACAGAUGACCAUGAAAGGAAUUGAGAACGGCUGCUGAUCCUCAACACCUCUCAAAACAGCCUUUGGACAGAACAUAUUUUGGGGACAUACGACGGUAAUGACCACAACCAGUUUACACAGUAUAAGAGACUUUUGAUUGGAGAAGUUCCAGAAAAUUUUUUAAUUUUAGCAAGUUCUCAGGGAAACUUAUAACCGAAAGUGUCUUUUUAAGAUUUUUUCUAAAAGUUUGUUAAAUUCCCAAUUUGUGCUCUCUCCUGCUGGGGAGAAUUCUCGCCAAUGCAAAAGAGACUUUCCUUCGUGAAAAGGGAAGUACAGUAGCAGAACCACUUUAGGGAAAACAAACCCAGAGCCAUUCAAAGAACACUUAAUGGAAACUAUAAAUGACGCAUUUAAACCUCAGCAUCGCAUUUGGUUUUAAAGGGCAACUAUUAGGCAAAAUUUACUUUUUAGUCAUGUUCCGAAAGGACCUCAAUGUGUGUAAUAAAAAGGAGGGGGAAAAAAACAAGGCCAAAAAAAAAAAAAUCACCCCACCAAAAAAAUGACCUUUUUUCCUUUUUGUUUUAGUCAGGGCUUAAAACAUCUAAUCAUAUAAUAAUAAUAAUAAUAAUAAUAAUAACAAUAAUAAUAAUGUGACCUUAUAUCAGAGACUCCCCCUCUCCUUUGUCUUUGUGUUCAUCUUGGUUGCUUGGUAAUAUGUGGCUUAUUUACGUAGACACUGAAACAGGACAUUUGGAGGAUGAGUCAAAUAAAGGGGGUUUGAGGUGUGACAAAAAGCAUUAUCUGAGAGUUAUUUCAGUUGGAGCAUUAACACAAACACUUUGCGGGAGCUCUGAGACAUGUGUUAAGAUGCUAAAGCGAUAAAUAUAACACCUUUAGGGUUAUCAGGGAUUUGAUGCAAGACCACUUCCUGCUGAUUUUUCAUAUUCAGGGGGAGUAAAAAGAAAAAAAAAGAAAAGAAAAAAAAAA